CGCGCGCGCGCGCGUGCCAUUGUGCGUCGCCUUUUCCCGGCCGGGUCCUCCAGCGCGCUUGCGCCUGCGCCGCUUCCCUCCCCGCACCGAAGAGCCGCCGCCGCUCCCCGCACCUGCCCGCCGCAGGAGGAGGAGGCCGCGCGGUGCUCCCUCCCCUCUCCUCCCGCAGCCCGAAGAGCCAUGGCAACGGAGGAGAAAAAGCCUGAUGCAGAAUCCACCAAAACACAAUCAACUCCUUCCUCCUCAACCAAUCAAAGCAAGCCUGCCCCUGUUAAACCAAACUAUGCCUUGAAGUUCACGUUGGCAGGACACACGAAAGCUGUUUCAUCAGUAAAAUUCAGCCCCAAUGGGGAGUGGCUGGCUAGCUCUUCGGCUGAUAAGCUUAUUAAAAUUUGGGGAGCUUAUGAUGGAAAAUUUGAGAAAACAAUAUCUGGCCACAAACUGGGCAUCUCUGAUGUCGCUUGGUCAUCAGAUUCCAAUCUUCUUGUGUCUGCCUCUGAUGACAAAACUCUCAAAAUCUGGGAUGUGAGUUCGGGCAAAUGCUUGAAGACACUGAAGGGGCACAGCAAUUACGUCUUCUGCUGUAAUUUCAACCCCCAGUCAAACCUCAUUGUAUCGGGUUCGUUUGACGAAAGUGUGAGGAUAUGGGACGUGAAGACGGGGAAGUGUCUCAAAACGCUGCCAGCUCAUUCUGACCCCGUUUCAGCUGUCCAUUUCAACCGUGAUGGUUCCCUGAUAGUGUCCAGCAGCUACGAUGGCCUAUGUCGGAUCUGGGACACGGCUUCAGGGCAGUGUUUGAAAACAUUAAUUGAUGAUGAUAAUCCCCCUGUGUCUUUUGUGAAAUUCUCUCCAAACGGCAAAUACAUUCUAGCAGCAACUUUGGACAACACUCUCAAGCUUUGGGACUACAGCAAAGGGAAGUGCCUAAAGACAUAUACCGGCCACAAGAAUGAGAAAUACUGCAUAUUUGCCAACUUCUCAGUUACUGGUGGAAAGUGGAUCGUGUCUGGGUCAGAGGACAACCUGGUUUACAUCUGGAACCUCCAAACAAAAGAGAUUGUACAGAAGCUGCAAGGACACACAGAUGUUGUGAUCUCAACAGCUUGCCACCCAACAGAAAACAUCAUUGCCUCGGCAGCUCUAGAAAAUGACAAAACAAUUAAACUUUGGAAGAGUGACUGUUAAGCACUUCUGACAUCACUUGAGACUGUGGGGGAGUAUGGAAAUGGGGAGUACUUUGUGUUUGUGUUUUUUUUUUUAAAGAAAACCGCAAGAACAUUUCAACCCCAUUUGGCAAGGAACCUGAAGCAAGAGUUUGCUCUUAACCUUGGCCCAAAGGCAACAUGUCUUCAUCUGUGUCCCUCAGAGUGGGCAGCAGGAGUCAGGGCUCAAAGGGCCUGUUUUCUCUGUUGAUUUGCCCGAUACAUGAGGAGGGGCUCUUCCAUGACAGGUUUCCCUUCUGUUGGGAACUCUGAAGUCUUUGUGCUAAGAGAAAGGGGGCUGCCCUCUGCUUGUCUUUUACAACUGGCAAGUCAUGAGCUUAGAAAUAAACUGGAUCUCUAUUUUCUUUACAAAAAGGUAGGCCUUGUCAAUUGUAUUUUAGAUAGGGGUGUUAUGUGGUUUAAGAUGCCUCAUACUUUUUUUAAAAAGUAUUUUUAACAUGACCAAAUGAGAGUGCUUUGUGGUUCUACUGUUACUUUUCCUCUUUGGUUCCUCUGUGCUCCAUUUCAGGACUGCGCAAGCCCUCCUGUGCACUGCUUCCCUUUCGUUGUGCGCGCCGAUAGAUGCUGUUGCAACCAGUCUUCAGGAUCCUCCUCCUUUAAUAAUUCAAAAACCCACAGUCCUUGCUUUUAGUUAUUGUACCUUUUUUACUUUUUAAAGUAAUUCUGGCAAAUUUCAGAAUACUUGUACAGUUACUUCAAUGUAAAAAAAAACCCUAAAAGUUUUUUAUCUUGAAAACUUCCUUGUAAAAACUUGUAUUUGCUAA